CAGGUACCAGCAGAGGCAGAUAAGCUCCAGCCGGUCUCGGGCCAGGAUGAGGAAACACCCCCGGGCCAACCCUCCACCUUCCAGCUCAUAGCCAACGCCUUCAGGAGGAGAUUUAGUGUGACCCACCCCUCCAGCAGGACCAACACUGCAGUCACCAUGAGGGCCAAAUGUAACGACGGACCCCGCAAGCAGAGGGCCGUUUCAGAGGGAGCGUUAAGCUUCAGCUCCCUCUUCAGCACCGCAGCUCCGGAGCCCUCUACAGAGGGGAAAACCAGCAAGCACCAAGCUCGGGUAGGGUCUGUGGGGGCCAAACCCUGGGGGGCCGGGCGAGACCUGCCCUCUCUGCUGCAGCAGGUGUCUCUGAAGGGCCGCAGAGACUCUGGAGGGGUGUUCUCUGACGACAUGGCCUCACUGCCCGGCAAGAAGCUCAACCUGUUCGCAUCUCUAAGGCUGAAGAAGAGGGAGGAGUCAGAGAGCGAGGGGCGGGACCAGGAGAUCAAGACCAUCCUCACCAACCUCAGGAACAAAGCCUCCAGCCAACAGAAUCUUGAUGAGCCUUCCUCCAGUGAUGACGAAGAUGAAAACCUGACAUCCAAUCAGAAGCGGUGUCCCGAGAGACAGAGGAGGAAGCAGGAGAAGACGGUGGCCCAGCAGUCCAAAAGGGAGCAGCUGAAGAGGCUCCACAGGGCUCAGGUUCCAAAACCUUUUCUUUUUGAAUCACUCAUUUAAAAAAUGGUCCAUAACCGUCUUUGCAUCACAAUUUCUUUCCCUUACAUGUUACAGCCCAUCCACAUGGCGGCGUGCGUUGACGCUUCAACGCUUCUGCCCAUUCACUUU